AUGAUCCUCUUACUUUUCUUGGCAGGCCUUCUGGCCACGUCCUGUGAGUUUCGAGAGUUUCUUUUCGCGAAAACUACAGUAAACCUAUACCAACUAAUCAUAAAAGGGAAAAAUUGAAAUUCUCUGUUUUUCAGGUUAUUUUUGAAGAAAAUGAUAGUAUUGGAAAGUUUUAAGAAAGUGACAAGAAGCGCCCAGGACAUCGAAGAACUUUUUAAGUCAUUCGAACUGAAUAAAUUAUUACUUGAGGGAUUUCAGCAGCAUAAGCCUAGGAUCAUGACGGAGUUCAACGCAAGCUUUUCGUCAAGGAAAAAAUGAACGAGCUGUCAAUAUAGGCGACCCUUUCCUCAGGAAAUGUUUUAAAACUUGUCUAAGAACUCAAAAAAGUCCCGAAGAACAAGCGAGCUAAUUUUUUCGAGGAUCACUUACCUUUCAGGGGCCGACUGGCAGCCGUGCGCUCAGAAAGUCAUCAAAGACAACUUCUCAGUCUGCGUCUGCAAUGCAACCUACUGCGACACGAUCCAACCCAUCGGAAGUGUCCCCAAAGGACAGGCCGUCAUUUACAUCUCCAGUGCCGCGGGAAAGCGAUUCGCUAGAACCCAGACGAAUCCGGCACCGCAGAGACAGUGUAAAUAUCAUGCUUUUUUUAUUUUUAUGUAGAUUUUUUUGAGAGAAAAAUAGUUAUCAAAACUUCUUUGAGCUUAAACUUCUGACCGCGGUCAGGCAAACAUAAAAAAAUUUGAAAAAUUUUAACAAAGGAAGGUCAUUUUCUUGACUUGAGAAAUUUUCAGAAUCGGUUAGCAGCUGAAAAACUUCGAGCCUGUGGCCAAAUUUUUCUAGUUCAAAAAGAAGAAAAAAUUACCCACGGCUCAGAUUUCCAAAAUUAUGAAUAAAAAACCGCGGAUGAAUUUUCCAUAUCAAAAACUGAUUUGUUAAGACGCAGCUAGAUUUCCUACUAUGAAAUUUCAAAAAAUCAACAUUGGCUCAAGUUUCCUUCUCACAGUUGCCUAGUGAGCCUUCCAACCCAAAAACUGGAUUUUCAGACCACGACCUAAUUUACCAAAUCAAAUAGCUCAAUUUUUCGAUUAUACAGUUUCAAACUGUUAUCAAGCAGUACUGAAAAAUCCACAAAAAGCGAAUAAAAACUAACGUACUUCGAUUCAAGCCGGUGACGUGCUGGUGACCCUCGGCUCGAACAGAAUGCAGACGAUGAUGGGCUUCGGCGGAGCGUUCACCGACGCCGCCGGCAUCAAUCUCAGAAGACUGCCCCAGGUCCUGCAAGAUCAGAUCAUCCAGCAGUACUACGGCUCCGAUGGUUGAACCUUCUCAAGCUUCAAGCCAAAGGAACUGAGAGCUUCAGGUCUGAACUACACCUACGGUCGAGUCCCAAUUGCCAGCUGUGACUUCUCCACGUCUCCCUACAGCUACGACGACACUCCCAACGACUUUUCGCUCUCUCAGUUUGCUUUGGCUCCGGAAGACGGCUUGUACAAGGUGAGUAUGGUAGUCAGGUUUUUAAAAUCAUUGGCAAGGCUGAAAUAACAAUAUUUUCGUUCUAUAUUUCACAAUACCCCUUUGAAGUUCUGGCUUGGCUUUUUAAGGAACUAAAGACGAUUUCCAUGAUGGUCUCGAGGCAAAAAUUAGUUUAGAUGCUAGAAGACUUCAAUACCUAAAAAAAACGUUUCAAAUACUUAAAAAAACAGUAGUAUUGAAUUUUUUUCAUAAGAUAUUUGUCUCUCAAACAAAAAAAUUACUAUUUGAAAUACUUCUGUAUAUUCUAGCUUGAAACCUUCGAGAUCACUACCAAAAGAUCGUCAAAAUCGUUAUCUCUACCUGUCAAGUUUUCACUUUUCAUCACGCUUUCAGAUACCUUAUCUGAAAAAGGCGAGAGAAGUGAACAGCAAUCUGAAACUUUUCGCUUCUCCCUGGAGUGCUCCAGGUUCUUUUCUUCUUUUCAUAAUUUUAUAAAUCUAAAUAUAAAACAGCAUGGAUGAAGAGCACGGGGAACAUGAAAGGAGGCGGCGCGAUGAAAGGAGACCUGUUGGGGAUUUACUAUCAAACCUACGCACAGUACUUCAUCAGGUAGUUGGUCUGAACUGACAAAAAAGUGUUUCCAGUUUGGAAAUUUUUAAAAUUUGUUCGGACUCCUUCCCCAUAGCCGAAGCCUGCUCGAAAUUCUAUUUUCAGGCUGAAACUUUUACGAACCGCGAUUUUCCGAAUCGAUACUUUUGAUAAUCCCAUAAAGUUUGGGUUCGGACAAUCGAUUCGGAAAAUCACGAUCCGGAAAAUUAACGGCUUAUUUUUAAAAAAAAUACUUUUUUCAAAGUAGCAAUCAACACAGAGUUAGGCCUAAAAACCAAUUUUCCGCAACUUCUCAAAAAUCCCUGCAAAAUUAGAAGUUUGCGCAAGAAGCGACUACUCGGACAUCAGUAACGAAAACCGGACGUUUCUGAGCAUUUCUAGGGAUCCCUUAAGAGUUCUGACGGUACUAAAGUGUUCACUAGAAACGCUCCGACACGUUCGCGUUACCAAGGUUCGAGUAAGAAUUCAUAUAAAGCUUCAGAGUUAGAUUUAGAAAAAAACAAACAUCAGACUGAAAUUGCUUCUCUCCUGAAAACAAAAAAGGAAUUUAUAAAGGUUCCUGGAAGAGUACAACAAGCAAGGCGUCACCUUCUGGGGCGUGACGGUUCAAAACGAGCCUGACACCGGGGGUGAUCCUUACUUCCCCUGGCAGACGAUGUAUUGGAACGCCGGAAUGGAGAGGUGAUCAGAGAAGAAAGCAUAAAACGGACUUCUGAGUUUCAGAGACUUUAUCAAGGUUUUGCUCGGUCCAGCUCUCCAGAGUUCUCCCGUCGGUAAGAAUGUCGGCGUCAUCAUCAACGACGACAAUCGAAACAACCUCCCGGACUGGGCUAACCAGGUAGUUAUUCUAUUUUUUUAAAAUUAGAUUAGGGGCUCCGAACUUUCUUGAAGGUGUAGGCUCACAACAGCUUGCUGAAGUGAUUCAAAAAAAUAGAUUCAAAAUUAUAUAAUUUUCGGAUUUCUGCUGAACUUUUGAAAAUCCUUGAAAGCUAUCGUGAAAAGGAACCUUUUUAAAAAAAACCCUUUCUACAGAUUCUGAGCGACCCCGACGCUGCCAAGUACGUCCUCGGUAUCGGCGUCCACUGGUACGAUGACAAAAAUGUAAGUAAAAGUAUUUUUUUUAUAACUGUUAAAAUUUAGACGCCGGCGUCGGUUCUGACCACGACCCACAACAAUUUCCCCAACUACUUCAUUUUCGGAACAGAGGUGAGACCAGGAAAAUCCUCAAAAAAAGACGAAAACAUCUAAGGCCUGCACCGGAUGGACUGGAAACGAGCGGGGCGUCAACUUGGGCGACUGGGCUCGGGCUCAGGAUUUCGCCGAUUCUAUCAUCAAUGUUCCUUUAUUUCGACAAAUCCGGAAGAAAUAUUUCUUCAGGACUUCCUUAACUGGGUGACGGGCUGGAUGGACUGGAACCUUGUGCUGAACACGCAAGGCGGACCAAACUGGGUGAACAACGUCGUCGACGCGCCGGUCAUAGUCGCCGACAACAGCCAGGAGUACUACAAGAAUCCGCUGUGGUACGUCCUCGGCCACUUCAGGUGAGACUGGACUUUUUUACGACUUCUAAGAGCUUCCGCAGUAUCUUCGUUCCUCCUGGUGCACAGCGUCUGGACUUUCGAGAGAAAACGACGGCGACAUCAACCUCGUCUCUUUUAUCAACGACCAGACCGCCGGAACUCGCACCGUCAUUAUUAUCAACAAGAACCAGGUGGGAACAAAUUCGGUAAAUGAGACUUCUGCUAGAGUUUUCCAAUCCACCGGUCUACUUGAAAUAUCAAAAAAUUUUGUACUUUUUUUUACCCUUAUUUAUUCCUGUUUCUUUUUUUCGAUUUUCCUUACCGUAUUUUUCCAGGGCAACUCAAAGACGGUUACCGUAA